UUAAUAAUUAAUAUUACAAUAUGAUAAAUAAUAAUUUAGUGAUUAUAUUCGUUUUGGCUUUUUUCUUAACGUUGCAAAAUAUACCAACAUUAAAAGCACAACAAGACGACGUAUACAGUGGUUUAGGAGCUAUACCAUCAGCACAAACAUGGUAUAUUUGUAGUAAACAAGAAACAAACUAUAUAAAUUAUAAAAUGAAGGUGGUGGAAACAGAUCAAACACCAACACAAAAUUUUGGUAUAAAUGUACAAGGAAAUCAUCCAUUACAAUAUCCGGGUAUAUUAGGUUUGCUGACAUAUGCAACAAACUUCACAGGUAUACAAUUAUUUAUAGAUCCGCAAGCAAAAUUUUCAAUAUAUUGGUCAGAUUUAUCGUGUUUUGAUUUUCCUGCAUUGGAGUGUAAUAGAGUAAAAGAUCCUCCUUUCGAAGCUAAAACAAUUAUUUGCUUAGGUAUAUCAAAUCCUCAGAAUACUGAACAAAAAUUUACUUUAUCAAUUUCUUUUGUUUAUGGAGUAUUGCCUCUUCCACUUCCUACUGUAUCUCCUAAACAAACUAAUACUACUAGCAGUAUUCCUUCUACAAGUAAAUCUACUCCAACUAAUGAUAUACCUGAAAAUCCUCCUUUCUUUUAUGCUACAAAUAAUGGAUUUUCAAAUGUUAUGUCAAAUAUUAAUAUUAUUAGAUUAUUGUUAAUUAUUGUUGUUGUUCUAUUAUCAACUAUAUUUAUCAUAAGCAAUAAUUAGCUAUAAAAAAUAUUUAUUUUAAUAUUACUAAAAAAUAAUAACUGCA